UUGCGGUCACACUCUCGCGCGAUGUUCCUUCAGAUUGAAGAAAAUGAGCGAUGGCAAUUGAAUACAAAACUGAAAAAGAUUUCGAUAUCGUUUUCAACGGAGAAGGUUUGUUAGAAUCAUCAACUCAUCAUGAAUACGAGGGGCUACAAACGAACAUUUUCAAGAUUAUUGUGAUAGGAGACUCCAACGUCGGAAAAACAUGUUUGACAUAUAGGUUUUGCGGCGGCAGAUUUCUCAAAAACCCAGAAGCAACAAUCGGGGUUGAUUUCAGGGAGAAAACACUAGAACUCGAUGGAGAAAGUAUCAAGUUGCAGAUCUGGGACACAGCGGGGCAGGAGCGUUUCCGUAAGAGCAUGGUGGAGCACUACUACCGCAAUGUUCAUGCCGUCAUCUUCAUCUACGACGUGACCAGCCUCGCCUCCUUUGAGAGCCUGCCAGAGUGGAUCGAGGAGUGUGGACGUCACUCUGUCUGCCCAAUGGUACCUUGCAUCUUGGUGGGCAACAAGUGUGACCUGAGGGGCAGGCUGGAGGUGCCGACAGCGUUAGCCCAGCGCUUGGCUGAUGGUUACAACUUCCCCCUAUUUGAGACAUCGGCGAAGGACCCUGCCGAGAAGGAGCAUGUCGAUGCGAUUUUCCUGACGUUGGCUUACAGGUUGAAGAGCCAUAAGCCUCUGAGACUGAAGCAGCCCAGUGAGAUUAGCAGUGUGAGACAGCUGGGGGGGCAGAGGGAACAGGAGGGGAUGCCUUGUCUGUGCUGAGGGGCUAUCCUCGCUAAUGUUCUUCACUCCUGCUUCUAGAGGGAGACAGUAAAUACAGUGCAUUCGGAAAGUAUUCAGACCCCUUGACUUUUUCCACAUUUUGUAUUAUAGAAUUAGGCUGUAGCCUUAUUCUGUCAAUAAAAUAUUUUUUUCCCCUUAUCAAUCUAAAGACAAUACCCCAUAAUGACAAAGCAAAAAGGUUUUUAGAAAU